GUCUGGGGUCACACGGCAGUUGUAUUUCAGACCGACCAGGAGCCUGCAACGAUGGCCCUGGCGAGUGCAGUUCGAGAUCGCAGGUCGCACUCUACCUUGGCGCGGGGGCCACCGCCUCUCUCCAAGCGGAGCGCUGGCUACGCCGAGGGCGCCAACAAGCUUGCAGCAGGUUUGCCACGGACCCACAAGCUGAAGCUGGAGCACAAGAUGGGACGCGAGAUCAAGAUGACGGAUCCGAUCGCGCCUUGGCUCGGCAACCCGGCGGGCUGGAUGAUCACCAGGUUCCAGCCACGAAGCCACGGAGGCUCUUCUCACAAGAUGCUGCACGGCAAGGCGCACAGUGGGGAGAUCGCGGAGAUGGGCGGGCAGGUCCGGCAUAGGAUCUCAGCCCGAGUUGCUGCUGGACGCGGCCAGUGGGAGGCCCGCUUCGCGAAAGGGACCUGGGUUGGAAAGACCGAGUUGGACGACACUCACCUCGUGACCGACCCAGAGCGCGGCGCGCAGAAGGUCAGGACCGCGCGGAGGGUGCCAGAAGAGUUUCGGUGGCUGCCUGAGCUCACCCAGAAUACCAGGGGGGCGCCGUGGAAGCACAUCCCUGACAAGAGUGCAGGACCCAUCGGACGCAGCAUGUACAUCACGGAGCGCGUGAUCGACGUCCACGGCCCGACCGACGAUUGCAGGAAACGCAGCACUGGAUACGGAUCGCAUUCGGGAGCCUGCCGCCAGCGGUUCGAGACCAUCCAGGCCGACUUCUUGCGCGAGAAGGCGGGGAAGGGCCCUGCGGCCCCAGAGGCAACGGCGGCGGUGCCAGCCCCGGCUGCGGGAGCCCCCGCGCUUGGAGAGGCAGAAGCACAGACAGCCAUGCAGACGGAACCUGAUCAGUUCAGGAGCGACUUCCACCGAGGUGAGUGUGCACGCAGGCGCUGCCUGAUGAGCCACAUCGGCACGGUCAGGAGUCACUUAGGAGAACCAGAAGAGGAGCAGAUCGAGCAGAUGGUUUGGGUCAGUGCCGAGAUGCACGAGCACGACCAGUGGAGCCCGCAGACGAUACACAACGAUUGCUACACAGGAGAACCCUUGGACGAGGACAUGUACCAGAAGGGUCGCGACGACGAGCUGCAGGCCAUGAAGGACUAUGGAGUCUACGUGGAGGUGGCGACGCCGACGGCGACCGACGGCAAGCAUAUCGGAGGCUGCCCCGUAGCCCACCUGAAGGAAGGUCGAGUCAGGUGGAGGUUCGUAGCGACGGAGAUUAACAAGCACGAGGUGCGCGAUGACAACCACCAAGGCACGCCGCCGCUCAUGAUUGCAAGGGCGACGUUAAGCCGCGUCGCAUCGAGCCCUACUUCGACGGGAGAGCACAAGCGGAUGAUUCAAGCCGGGGACGCCAGGAAGGCUUUCUUCAACGCCGACCUCGACGAGACAAUAUACGUUCAUCCUGGACAUGAGCUGCGCCCUCCUGGAAUGUGCUGCUGGCUGCGGAAGGCCAUGAACGGCACCAGGAAGGCAUCGCAGAUGUGGGGAGAGCUGGUGCGGACUACCAUGGACGACGGCCACUGGGAAUGCUUGGUGGCGACACCCAACGCUUUCUACUUACCAGCGAGUCCCAACAUCCCUGCCGUCGACGAGAACAGCACAGCGAUCUGCCACGGAGAUGACUUUCUGGCCGAAGGCUACGACGAAAAGCUGGACGAGUUGGACGAGUUGCUGAAGCAGCAGUUCGAAGUCACAGCGAGUGCCAGAUUGUGUACCGGAAGACCUGGGCGGACGAACUACCUCAAGAGGAUCAUCGGGUACACCGACAAGCUGCCAGGGUCAGAGGAUCCAGGUCUAUUCUGGACAGCGGAGCCUAAGCACGUGGAUUCCAUGAUUCAGUGGGCACAGAAGCGAGGGUGCAAGGCCAGCUCCUACACCAGGGACGAAAGAUUCCAGUGCAAGACCUACCUGAUCGAGACCCAGAGGCCCGGCAAUCUGAAGACGCACAGCGACAGCACCGCGGGACGGGGCAUGCGCAGCAGAGUGGGCGUGGGCAAGGGCAGGCACCUGGAACGGAGGUGCUUAUGGACUCAAGAGCGGUCGCGACUCAAGGCGUUUGAGCUCCGGAAGGAGGACACCAAUGAGAUGACGGCAGACAUUCUCACCAAGUACAGCGAGUGGUCGACGAUAGAGAAGCACUGCACCACUCUGAACCUCACUUUCGGGAAACAGUUCAAGGGCUUGAGCGCGAUGGCAGUUGCCACGGGAGUCGCGACUUCUGCGCCAGGCGAGAAGGUGACGGUACACGAGGAGCCAGGCCAGGCAGCGGCUUGCCCCGCACGUGUGCCCCACUACGUGGAUCACGAGGAGUUCCUGUUCAUCCUGAAGACAGGUGUCUUCGCGGUGAUCGCUGCAGCGUUUGUUAUAGGAUGCGCGCGCGGUUGCCACGCGAGGAACUACCUCACGAAGGACCUCAUCCAGGAGGCGGUUGACCCCGCUCCUGGGGGCGCCGACAUCUACCUCACUACGCGGGCUGACACGGAGGUCAGGACCAUGAGUGCACAAGGACUUGGCACAGAGCCUCGCCCAGCACGGUGCGACGGAGCAGCGAGGCACAAGCUUUUCAACACGUUUCUCGUGGUCGACUUGAAGCAGAUCUUGAGAGCCAAAGGCCUACACGUGAGCGGUUUCAAAGACGACCUGAUCAUGAAGUUGAUCAAGAAGGGCAACGUCUUAGCGGAUCGCCAGGCCAGGGAGAUCGAGCAGCUGAGAGUGACGGCUACGAUGCGCGGACCCCUUAUCAGGAUCAACCUACAGAACUUGGGCAGUCUUGAGGCCGCGAAAGAGUGGACUGAAACGUUCAAGAGCGAGUGCCGAGAUCGCCACGAUGGCUCGAAGCUGAUCCGCCCAGAGAGCUAG